UCGUCUUCCAAUCAAUCUUACCAAGCUUCCCGCGGCUGGUCUCAUCUAGACAAGACAAGCGUUUUGAUCUCAGUGUUAUUAGUGCAGCUAGUUUCUAGUGUUUUCCAGUAUUGAAAUUUCCUAGUAUCGUUAGAGUACACAUAGUUUUCCAUCCAAUUUAUUCGCCAUAAUGAAAAUCCUGAUCAUCUUCGCCUUUAUCGCCGCUGCCAGUGCCGCUCCCGGAUUGUACGGAGGCGGAUUCGGAUACGGUGACCAUGGAUUCGGAUAUGGUGGAUACGGUGGCCAUGGAUUCGGAUACGGCGGAUACGGUGGACAUGGAUUCGGUCUGGCUGCCGCUCCGGUGGUGAAAUACGCAGCGCCAGCUCCAAUCAUUCAUGCUGCCCCAGUGGUAGCCGCACCCGUUAUCAAAGCUGCCGUUCCGGCGGCCACCAGCUAUGCCACCAUCCACCAGGUGCAUAGCCCGGUCGUUGCGGCAGCACCUGUCGUUAAGUAUGCCGCUCCGGCUCCUGUAGUCUCGUACGCGGCUCCAGUGGUUAAGUAUGCGGCUCCAGCCAUCGUUCAUGCCGCUCCCGCCAUCAAGUACGGAGGAUAUGGAGGAUACCACGGAUGGUAAGCGACCCCGGGCGACCACAGAGCUGCCAAAGAUUUCGAACAGACGACCAACAACUAAAAAACACCGCCAGUGCUCAGACUACGCCGCAACUUAUAGGAACGAAAUGGAGGAAGAAUCUCUCUGUAUCUAACCAGCUGUAACCACAACACGCUGUCUACCGCUCUAUUUUAUGUUUUUUUCUACGAUUACUUCAUUGUUAUUUUUUAUGUUCAUUAUUCGCCAUCCUUCUCAUACUGACGGGAGGAAGACUCCCUCUGGUUGUUUCUAAGGUUAGUCAUUCCGAUGUUAUGUUUUCGCCAGGAGAAAUAAAACAUGUUGAAUCAAAAACACA